UCGUGGGUAGUGGUUAGUGGCUUAGCCUAAUGGGAGUGGGUGAGCUCUCCCUUUCUGCUUGAAAGUUGAAAGAUGUUGGUCAUCUCUACUGAUAAGCGCAUUGAACUGGUUAUUAAAUUUUGUAGUUGUACAUUUGAAUUGCUAAAACAUAAAAUUAACAUUAUUUAUAUUAAACUGUCAAUUUAGAAAGUCCAUGGAAUUAAAAAAAUUGUGUUUAAUAUAGAUUAACACUAUUAAAUAUAAAAUAGUUUACAUACUUCGUUUAAACUUGGUAUGUGUUACAAUUUAAACAACGUAGCCGUAUGGUAAAAACAUAAAUCUUGUAGUUUUGACACAUUAAAAUCCAACUGUUGAUAUUUAACGAACUGUAAUUGUACCAACUUGAUUUUGUAAGAUCAAAAUAUUUUAGAGACAUUUUCCCUGUGUUCAAUUCUUCAAAUAAGUGAAAAAUUCUUAUAAUGGAUGAGGAAUAUGAUGCAGUUGUAUUGGGAACUGGUUUGAAGGAAUGUAUUUUAUCGGGUAUGUUGUCUGUUAGUGGUAAAAAAGUUUUGCACAUAGAUCGCAAUAAAUAUUAUGGUGGCGAAUCAGCCUCAAUCACUCCAUUGGAAGAUCUGUUCAGCAAGUUCAAAGCUCCUCCACCUGAUCAAAGCUAUGGCCGAGGCCGAGAUUGGAAUGUGGAUCUAAUACCCAAAUUUUUGAUGGCAAAUGGUUUACUUGUAAAGUUACUGAUCCACACUGGAGUCACUCGUUAUUUAGAAUUUAAAUGUGUGGAAGGAUCAUAUGUUUACAAAUCUGGAAAAAUUUCUAAAGUUCCCAUUGAUCAACAAGAAGCCUUAUCAAGUGAUUUGAUGGGACUUUUUGAAAAAAGAAGAUUCAAAAAUUUUUUAGAAUGGGUUCAAAAUGUGCAAGAAGAUGAUCCUAAAACAUGGGCUGGGUUCGAUCCGUUCAAAAACCCUAUGAGUGCAUUAUACAGUAAAUUUAACUUAGAUAAAAAUACUCAAGAUUUUACUGGUCAUGCUCUUGCAUUGUACAGGAAUGAUGAAUACAUAUUCCAAAGUGCGAUCACAACUGUACGUCGAAUUAAGUUAUACAGUGACAGUCUAGCUCGUUAUGGAAAAUCUCCAUAUUUAUAUCCUAUGUAUGGCCUCGGUGAAUUACCUCAAGGAUUUGCUCGUCUCAGUGCUAUCUAUGGAGGUACGUACAUGUUGGAUAAGCCAGUUGAUGAAAUUGUAAAAAAAGAUAAAAUAGUUGUUGGAGUUCGUUCUGGAAAUGAAAUCGCUACUUGUAAACAAUUGUUUUGUGACCCUUCUUAUGUUCCGGAUCUGGUCAAAAAAGUUGGACAAGUCAUACGCUGUAUCUGUUUACUAGAUCAUCCAGUACCUAGUACAAAUGAUGCUUUAUCUACACAAAUCAUAAUUCCACAAAAGCAAGUCAACCGCAAUUCUGAUAUUUAUGUAUCAUUAGUCUCGCAUACUCAUCAAGUAGCUGCCAAGGGAUGGUUUAUAGCUAUGGUUUCUACAACAGUUGAAACUUCAAAUCCUGAAGUAGAAAUAAAACCAGGUCUUGAUUUACUUGGGCCUGUGCGACAAAAGUUUACAUAUAUUUCAGACUAUAUGGAGCCGUUAAAUGAUGGACUUGAAAAUCAACUAUUUAUAUCAAAAAGCUACGAUGCUACGACGCAUUUUGAAACAACUUGUUUAGAUGUCCUUGAUAUUUUUAAAAGAGCAACAGGAGAAGAAUUUGAUUUUAAUAAAGUUAAGCAAGAACUAGGUGACGAUGAUCAAUAAAUGCAUCGAUUGUAUAAAAAUGAAUAAAAACGCAUGCACACACCUCUCCCCACACACAUUAAAGCAGCAAAUACGCAUAGUCAAAUGCAUACACUUAUGCAACUACAUACAUUGCUUAGUUAAAUAGUUUUUUCAAUACAAAGAGAAUAUAUAUAUAUUGAGUAAUAUUAAAUGGAAAGAGUGUACUUUUUUUUUUAAUUAAAUUUUUUAGUUGCAAGAAUUUUUCUUGUCAUAAUUUUCUACUAGUUCAUUAAAUUAUGAAACUCUUGA